CAUAUAUAUUAUAAAUAUAAACGGGCGGACAACGGCACUCGAGUAGCAGAAGCCGCCAGAAAAGUAUAUAAUAUUUUUUUUUGACGCCGGUUAAACGUCAUAUUAACAUACGAUUAGUUGUACGGAAUUUUAUUACCAUUUCGACGACGACGAUGAACAAUAUUAUAAUGAACAAUUCGCGGGGCUGUUAUGAAAUUUUUUCGCUGUUAGCCGUUACGAUUGCUGCCAUCAUGCUCGUCCAUCAGCCCGCGACCGUCCGCUGCGCCGACGGCGGAAUCAUAACACCGCAACAGCAGCAGCAGCAGACGAUGAUGUUCACCGCGCCAACGGGCUACUACGUGUCCACGUACGAUCACAUAGACGUCGGCCGAUUGUUGCGAAACAACAAGGUGGUGUCGGGCUACGUCAAAUGUUUCGUCAACGAAGGACCCUGCACGCCGGACGGCAAAUUAGUCAAAGCCUACUUGUUGCCCGAGAUCAUACGUACCGUGUGUGGAAAGUGCACGCCAAGGCAAAAAGACAUGGCACGGAUGGUACUCAAACACAUUUACACGUACAGGCAAGCGGAUUUCGAAAAAAUCAUGCAGAUUUACGACACGGAUGGCAAAAGAAACGAGAUUCUAGCUUUCAUGAACCAUUAGUUCACCUGGAACAUUCGGCAGUUUUAUUAUAUCAUUAUAAAACAUUAAUUUAUGAUGUAUGAAAAUAUUGUAUCACGUUUACCUUAUCAUAAUAAUUCAAUACACUCUCUAACGUCAACGUCUAUGGCGAGACUACUAGCUAUAAUAUUAUUUAAUAACUAUAGCCGAUUUUACCCCACGAAUCGGAUAGUUAACUUUUGAAGUUUUUUUAUUUAUCCUCUAUCACUUUUCCGAUUAGUCAUUAUUAUAAUAUCGUUAAUCAGGAAUAUAAUAUAUAUUUUAUAGUUUAUACUUCAUAAUGUACGUACCUACAUAUCUAUAAUAUUUAUGUACACAAUAUAUAUUUACUCAAAUACAAUCGAUUGUUUAUAAUAUAA